AUCGCCGAAAGGGCGGGGCUUGGGAAGGAGGGACGUUGACAAGCAGAGUGCCCUCGCGGGCGUUAUUUGAAUGCGGUUGCUAGGAGACGGGCGCCCGCUCGCGCUCCCGCGUGCCAAUAGGGAGCCGCCUUUCUCCCUCGCUCGCCCUGACGGAAAGAAAACGGAAGGGUUUGCGACUGGGGAAGCCGAGGCCGAGAAGCACCAGCUGCGGCGGGUUGAGGCGGCGGCGGCGGCGGCGGGCCCCUGGUGCCCCCUGCUCGCCUCAGGCCCCUCCCCUGCGAUGGGGAAUGGCCUGUCGGAGCAGACGCCGAUUCUGUCCAGCCUGCCUUCUUUCCAGUGCUUCCACAUCGUGAUCCUAGGCCUGGAUUGCGCCGGCAAGACCACCGUCCUCUACCGGCUGCAGUUCAACGAGUUCGUCAACACCGUCCCCACCAAAGGCUUCAAUACCGAGAAGAUCAAGGUGACGCUGGGCAACCACAAGACGGUCACUUUCCACUUCUGGGACGUCGGGGGCCAGGAGAAGCUGCGGCCCCUGUGGAAGUCCUAUACCCGCUGCACCGACGGCAUUGUCUUCGUGGUGGACUCUGUGGACGUGGAAAGGAUGGAGGAGGCCAAGACGGAACUGCACAAAAUCACACGGAUCUCUGAGAACCAAGGGGUGCCUGUGCUCAUUGUGGCCAACAAGCAGGACUUGAGACACUCGCUGUCGCUCUCCGAGAUGGAAAAAAUGUUGGCCACCAGUGAGCUGAGCUCCUCGACGCCCUGGCACCUGCAGCCGACUUGUGCUAUCAUAGGCGAUGGCCUCAAAGAAGGACUUGAGAAGCUUCACGAUAUGAUAAUUAAGCGAAGGAAAAUGCUACGGCAGCAGAAAAAGAAGAGAUGAACAAGCUGACCAUGAGGGGUAAAAUUCCCUUUUGGCGUUUGACUCAAACAGUUUCCAGGACCCAGCCUGCUUGUUUGGAUCCUGUACUGCCUAAAUAACAAACAUUCAGUCUGGUGGGAAGCUUUGCAGGCACAGACCCUUUCAGUGGUUUCCCUAAAAAAAUGUGUUGUUUGGGGCACUCAAAAAAAACCCCAACACAAAAAAACCCUUGUUGCAUAGUACAAAAUAAUCAGGAAGCAGAUGGGUGGGUAAAUGUGACCUGGAUAUCUAAAUAGCCAAAUAAAAAAUGAAGAGUGUUCCGCUUGGUGGUGUAGUCAUAUGUUUGAGAGUGCCUUUGCAAGUCAAAUUGCAUUGGUGGCAUUCAGUGUUUUUCAGCUGCUUGUAUAAGUGGAGUGUUUAGAUGAAGAUAUACAGCUUUAAAAUAGUAUCCUUUUAACAUAUAUGGAGCUAGAAAACCAUUAUUUAAAGAGGCUGUGAAUGUGGAGGGUUUUUUCAAUAAAAGGUUGGCUGUAUGCUAUGCUUUUAAACUGGUUCGCUUAAAAUAACACUGGGAGCUCAGAUAAUUGGAACGAUCACAACUUUGUUAUGUUAUCUGUAGCUUAAUAGAGGAAAAACGUAUGGAAUAUGUAAGAGCAUGGAUGAGUUUCCUGAUAAUGUAGCAUGUCUUGGUGUGUAGGGGUUCUUUAGAAAUAGCUGUACAUCGUCAAACAGUGCAAAUCAGGUUUGGACCAUACCUGUUUGUUCUAGGGAGACAUUUUCUGGAAAGGUUGCUCUCCCAGGAAUUUUCUGAACAAUUAGAGAAAAAUAAACUGCUACCAUAAGGGACUUGGGUUUCAAGAUAUCGUGCAAUAGUACCUUUAAACAAAAUUGAUGGCAAUAAAAUUUGAUCACAUUAACUUUAAAUGAAGCUGAAGUAAGCAGAACUACAUGUCCCAUGUGCCCAGUACUGUUAAAACGUAUUGUCAGGAUUUAUUAUUCUCACAGUGCUUUUAGGAAUGUAUUGAAGCUUUAUACACUUGAAAAUUGUGACACUGUGGGGAAAGAAACUAAAGUUUAAAGAUGACCUGUGUCUGCUCUAAUUAUACUUUUAAGCUUUCCUUGUUUACAUUCAUGCAAGCAGUGUUAAAUUAAGGGGUGGAGCUGCACAUGAUUGAAAGAAGUUAACUGGUACACUUUCUAAAACUGGUCAACUUGGGUAGCAGGUUAAAGGGCUAGAGUAAAGCCUGUAUUACUCUACUGGUGCUGUGAAAUGUUAUAAUAAUUACAUUGUAAGGUGAGAGAGAAAUCUUUAAAAAAAAUCCUCUCCUUGGCACAACCAGUAAAGUCUGUGUGUUGUCUUAUCUACCAGCCAGAUACAGGGAUAGAUAACUACACUUUUGAAUGUCAGGAAGUACAACUUGUGUAAAAUCAAAUUUUAUAGCCAGAAACUGCUUAGAAGGUAACCAAAAAUGCACCUUAAGUGUUUCCAAUACUGAAAAUGACAACUUUUUAAAUAAACAAAUAAAUAAUGAAAUCCUGGUCCUUUUUGAAAGAAAUGAAGUAGCUUCCAAUGGAGCUUUUGUAUGGUGGUUAUAUGUAACUGCACUAGUGACACUGAAAGUCACUUAAUGUCUAUAUUUAUAUAAAUGUGGAUAACUUCUUAAACCUCAGUAAACUCAAUUCCAGAUGAGUCAUCGGCGACAGAAGUUGACAACAUUUUACUUUGCGGAUAUUGCUUUUUUUCAGAACUGUCUGCAUGAAAUUGAACCCUUUAUUCAUGUGAGAUUUGUAAUAUGUGACUAUGUUUUAAAAAUCACAGGUAUCAUUAAAAUUUUAAUGGCAA